AUGAGAUUAUCUCUCGAUUUGACUCCUAUACGAAUUUCUGGUAUCAAGUUCUCACACCACGCAUCUACUGCUGUGUAUACAGAGGGUCGAAAUCAGAGCUUCAUCAACAAUGGGACCGCUCUUCCCGCUCUACGUAAUGGAUAUGGCGUAAAAAUGAUCGAUCCUGCCGCCAGUGAUGCACCCACCGAAAUUUAUCAAGAGUUGGUCCGAUUAAAUCCUCGCAAGUCCAGCGGCCCUGAUGGAGUCUCAUCCCUUGUCCUACAGAAUGCUAUCGGGACGGAAAACGAAUGCGGAUUACCUCAUGUGAUCUAA